AUGCUGCUGCUGGAAAGGAUGAACACGCUGAUCGAGAACAAGUACGCCAAAUCGAACUGGAAGAGAAAGAAGUUCGUCUGGAGGUACAGCUUAUUUUUCACCACUUUUUACAUCUGCCUAUCGCUGGGAAUAUUAUAUACGUUAGCAGUUAGGCUUUUAAUUUCCUCGGAAACGUACAGCAACCAUUUUUGCCCCUCCUCUACCAUCCUAUCUGUGAAGAGACUCUACAUGGCGAUCCUCAUUUUCCUCAUAUUGAUGGGAUUUUUAAAUUUCCUUUUUUCGCGCCUUACAUUUAUCUACUCUAAUUUUACCAACAGCGAGUUCUUUAACUCUGGCUUUUUUUAUGCCCUCCUAGGGUUCAUCAUUAAAUAUAUGUCCUGGCUUUUAUCCCUCGUGUACAUCUCCUGGAUUUGCUUCCUCUUUGUAAAUAUGCUCAUAAUAAUUUUUUGGCCGCACAAGUGGUGCACCUCCAAGUACAACGCCUACGGGAUGGACGCGCUUCGCAACUGCCUCUUGGUUAAGAACCGGGCCACAGGAUGCGAAAUCGACAAGGCCCUGCUGAACCUACGGACCAAGGACAGCUGCAACGACUACAACAUUUUGAAAGUGCAUAAUUUUCUCUUCCUCGCCCGAUCAGCUCCAAACCAAGCAUGCACACUGAAGGAUAAGAAGCUGUGCGAAUUUUUUGUGGACUUUAUUAAAAAUAAAAACACCUCGUGGACGACCUUCCCCAACUGCUCUGGAAACACCCCCGACCUUAAGGAGGAGCAUUUCCUCGAAGAACCCACCACGAAGAGUGACAUUUACUUAUUUUCUCUUUCUCUAAUAUUUUUCUGGUUUCUCACGACCGUGGUCCUCAUUGCCCUGUUCGUAGUCGUGAGGGUCAGCACGCCGAUCGAUUCCUCCUUCGUGGUGAACGAAGAGCGCUUCAACUUUUUUUUCAAGUUUACGCGUUUGAUGGAUGUGUGGAGGUGA